CGGACUUCCUGAGACUGCACUUUACUUGUUUGGAGUCAAACUCAUUUAGACAAAGAAAGAAGAAUGUAUUUUUGGAGCUUAAAGGCAUGUUGAAAACCAGCACUGCUUGUAGUGGAGCGUAUGAAGACAAUUUCAACAUCAUAUUUUGAAGCAUGGAUAUUCCAGAAGGACCCGCCCUUGGUUUUUGCAAGCAUGUUUAUUAUAAAUCCCUCCAUGUUAGAGUGAUCUAAGCUGCUGUUUGCGUUUCUUAAGGAAAUGUGGGCCAUUUGGAGACGUGCCUGACACUUCGGCUCAAGUCAGGCUUUUUGUUGGCGCUGAUUCUGGGAGAUGUGGGGAGAGAGGAGCUUUCUGAGGUACAGGGGAGAGUGGGCAGAGGGCAAAAGUCACCCUAUACCUCGAACCCUUGGUGGCCUGGGUCUUUCUUCUCUGUCCGAGCAGCGUGGACACUUCUUCCCCUGCCACAGAGAGCAGCUGGAUGCUGAUGAUGAAUAUGAUGAGUGGGUUUAUGCACCUCUUCAUUGCAGAGCCGUGUCCAGUCUCGAUGAGGAGAGCAAGUGGUCGGUGCACUACACAGCCCCCUGGCACCAACAGGAGAAUGUCUUCCUGCCAGGGUCCAGACCAGCCUGUGUCGAAGACCUUCACCGCCAGGCCAAAGUCAACCUGAAAACAGUCCUCAGAGAGUGCGACAAGCUCAGGAAAGAUGGCUUCCGCAGCUCCCAGUGCAACUCCCAAAGCCCUGCCUUCUCUGCAACCAGCCUUUGUGAAAGUGUGCACCUGGAUGAGGAGAAGACAGAGAAGAAAAAGAAGCGGUUUAAAGUCCUAGACUGCCUAUCACAGUCUUGCCUGUCUCUCUGCUGUCAUUUGAGAUCUUGGAAAAGAAAGGCUUCAGAUUCACCUAAUGAAGAGGAGAAACUCGUGUACUCAAUGCCGCCUCAGACCCCUUUGCUGGAUUACGGCUCUGACAUGGACAUCCAGAGAAGCUGGACCAACUGUCUACCUUUGCCUACUCCUGAGGAGAAAAUGAGACUAGAGUCUCAGUCGGUGGCCACUGAUGUCAUUCCCAUCAACAUUACAGGAGAGAACUUUGACCGCCAGGCCAGUUUCCGUCGCUCCUUAGCAAACACGGAUACCAUAAUACGAAGACCCAAGAGGGUGCAAAGAAGGAAGACAAUAACAGGAGUUCCUGACAUUAUCCAGACUGAAUUAGCAAAUAAAGAACAAGCUGACUCCAGAAUUCAUUCCAUGUGUAUGGCAGAUCAGUACUCCACCCUCAGUCGAGUGGGAAGUGUAAACUCCACCCUGAGACGCUCAGACACCCGAGACUCAAGUUGCCAAACAGAAGAGUUGAAGGUUGUUCCUCCCUCAGUACGCAGAAUCAGAGCACAGAGAGGCCAUGGAAUUGCCGCCCAAAUGGCCAGCGUCUCCUCCUCAAGCAGCAUUUCCACCAUAAGUGACUGUAAUGGUAUUGGCUACACUCAACUUAAUGACAGUGAUCAGAGCUUUCGCAGUUUGCCACGACAAGGUUCUCGCGUCUCGCAUCAACACUGUGAACCAGAGUACAACAGCUCCCCCUACAGAAUGAAUUCUGGCUCUAUAAGCUCUUUGUCCUACCAGUUUGACAUGCAGCAUGGCUCUUCAUCAUCACUGCAAAUGCUGUCUGACUCCAGAAGCAAUACUUUAAACAGCCCCAAGCUUGCUGAAAAUCCAAAUUACCAAGGCUCUGAUCAAAAUAAUAGCCCAAGCUUGUUCAGUCUCAGUGGUGCUCUACAGAACUCCAUUCUUUAUGGACACAAAUGGGCAGAGGAUAACCAGAUACAAUCACCUCAUUCUUUAGCCCAAUUGCUUAGUUCUCCUGAAGCCCCGUUGUCAGCUGUCUCCUCCUGUUACGAAUCCACAGCUUCACUCUGUACAGGGUCCCAGUGCAGCACACUUGAUGGUAGAAACUGCAGCAGUCCUAACUGUGUCCGCAGGGAUUCCAACUUCUCAGAGAGCAGCAAUCAAAGCUGCAGCACACUAACCACUGACCAGUGGACAUAUGAAGUUUCUCCAAAGGACAACGUCACCUCAAGUUGCUCCUCACCUGUUAGCCAUAUAUACAACAGUGAGGAACAUUCUCCCAGCAAGACGGACACAAGCUCAUUGUUCUCUGUUGACAAUGAAGGUUACUACACCUCCAUGCGCCUGGACUCUGGUUUGAAGUCACAUAGUCAUGGCUGCAUCAAUAAAGCAGGGGAUGCAAGGCACAGUUUGUACGAGUGCAAGGACCACCACAGCGAAGGUGACCAUGCAAGUCUGCAUAGCAACCGCUCACUGACACGUAGCAUUUCCCUGCGGAAAGCCAAGAAGCCUCCACUCCCUCCUGCAAGGACUGACUCCUUAAGGCGCAAGCCCCAGAGGAAGCCUCAUCACAGUGGUUCGGUGCUUAGUGAGCAGUUUAUCUCCAGUCUCCAGCAGUCCUUAGAGCUUAAUCUAAAAACUCAUAGUUCAUCUUGCUCCGAACAGACACCCUGUGGUAGAUUUGAAGACCCUUGGGUGCUCAGACCCAGAAGCCAGAGCACCAUAAGUGCAGCAAGCAGUGGGAUGUCCGCACCAGCUGCUGUAUGUCCGGUCACACCCACACACAGCGACAGCAGCAGUCAGCGCUCGGACUAUGCAGAGUCAUGGGACUUCUACAUGGAUUACCCUGGUCCACGGCCCGACCAGGGUCUCUCGCCCCAAAUCACAAAAUCUGCAAGUGUUGAAGAGAAUCAAGGGGUCAUUGGCAAUGUAUCCAACAACACUGGAUUCCCAUCGUCCCACUUCAACAAUAGUGGUAUUCAGUCAAAAUUGGCUUCCUCACCUGAUAAGGUUCAUCGCCUGACGUCACCAUCAAGUGGUUAUUCAAGUCAGUCCAACACUCCGACUGCAGGCACUCCCGUUACUUCUCUAAUAAGAGCAAAGUCUCCGGCAGGGAGGCCAAAACCAAAAGUGCCUGAAAGAAAGUCCUCCCUGCGGUCUUCUGUGUCAUCCUCCUCUACAUCCCUGUCCUCCAACACAUCAGAUUCUAUCAGGAACAUCCCGCCACCUCCACCUGACAUGACUUCUGAAUCAUAUGGGUCAUCCAGCCCUGCGUCUUGCUCUCCAACAGCACCUAUGAUAGACCCAACCCCACCUCUACCUGACGUAUCCUCUGCCUUGGAAGAGAGACAUAAUCCACUUUCAGAUUCAUCCACAACACCUGAAGAAUGUGACUUUCUUGAUUUCCCCCCUCCCCCGCCAAAUGUUUUUGAAUCUCUGUCAAGCAAUGAAGGUACAAAUAGUCCUUCACCUCCUCCACUUCUUUCUCCCGAACCAUCAUUGUGCACUUUAUCUUCUCUUCCUCCUCCUCCACCUCCUCCACCAUUACUUAAGAUGAAUCUUAAAACUCCAGCCAUUUUGAAGACAGAGAGUUGUCUUAGACCUACGGAGGCUGUAGAAAUUGAAAAAGGACUGAACAAUCACACUGGAGGGCGAGAGAAGAGACAGAAACCAAUAAUCACUGCCCAAGCUCUUCAGAUGGUGCAUCUACGACCUGUCAAGCCCAAACAAAUAGAAAAUAUCUUUCCAGCAGUCCGUUUUGAUAGUUUUGAUGACCAAGCACAUAACUAUUCUGAAACAAACUCAGGAAAGUCUCCAGAAAGUGAGACUACAGAGCAAACAGCAGAAAAUGCCAUUGAAAUAUUUGAACAUGAAUAUUCAGUGAACAAAUUUAUACAAGAUUUUCCUGAGUCAUUUAAUGGCUCUAUACCCCCUGUCCCAGAUGAACAUAUCAGCAAUACUGGGCAGAAUGUUCCAGAGUACCUUUCUAAGACAUGUGCAGUUUUAUCUACCAACAAGCUUCUGCAGUGCACAAGCUCCACAGCUUCUCCUCAAAGUCCUCAGCUGCAACAGAAGCCUCCAAUAUCACCUAAGAAGCCCAAUCUUUCCCUUAUUAUAUCACCGAUUAUGCACCCACCUGUUUCUAAUGUAUUCAAGCUUCAACAGGUUCAUGAAGCACAAGAGACACUUGAGUCAUGGCAAGUGAAUGAUACAUCUCCAACAAAGACAGUAAAUUUGCAGGCAGUUCCUUUAGACCUUGAGGUAGGGGAAGAGAGUGACUCGGACUCUUCAACCCCUGCGAUCAAAAGCAGACUGUCUCUCAGUAGUGAGCUGUCAUCAAACAGUCUCCAAGACCUACAACUCUCUGAUCUCAUUCUUCAUGAGCAUGACCUCAGCCUGAGUGAUAAAGACUUUGGGCUCUGUGAUGAUAAAAGCACAUCCGAUGAUGGUUCAAGCAGCAGCUCAGGAUCCAUAAGCUUUAAAGAGGACGAACAUGAGGAAAAUGGUGCCGCGUUCGACUCGAGCUCUGAAAGCACAUCUGGCAUUAACACUAUAAGAGAGGCUGUGGAGGAGAUGGUGACGCCUGUUCGUCCUCGUACAACAGAGGACCUCUUUGCUGCCAUCCAUAGGUCAAAGAGGAAGGUCCUGGGCCGUGGCGACUCUGAAGAGGAACGCUGCCGUAGCCUCCCCCCUUCACCACCUGUCACUCCAACCGGCUCCUGCCCCAGCCUACCUUCUUUACCACGUCAUACAGGCUCCAUUCAGCGCAGCCUGCGGCGCUCAACCACAAGCAAUGACAGUUUUAAAGCUCUGCUACUUAAGAAGGGCAGCCGCUCGGAGUCCAGCUUCCGCAUGUCAGCCACUGAGAUUCUCAAAUGUACAGACCCUCGUUUCCAGAGGGCUAAUUCGGAGUGUGCACAAGCUGACGAACUGAGCAUCUCUCCGACAAGCAGCAGGAGAGCGCCUGAAGAGUGGGCACGUAUGGAGGGAGCCUUGCCCCGCCUCACCACCGGACUAACAACCCUAAAAUAUGGGCGUUCAAGCACACCACCUUCCGCAGCCAGCAGUCGGUACAACAGCCGCUGCCGCAUUCUCAGUGGGCCAAUGACUGCCAUCUGUGAAAAAGAGGGAGAGGUGGCCGAGUCUACAGACUGCUGCAUUAGCACUGAGAGUCAUUUCACCCUGCCUAUAUCCUCCAGCAGCACGGUCUGUGCUCAAGGCAGCACUUAGGGCUCUCAACUCAC